AUGGUGGUGAAUCACAACCUUCACAUGGAACUUAAUAGAGGGCUUGCAGACAAAGAAAGGUAUCAACGGCUUGUGGGCAAGUUAAUUUAUCUCUCUCACACCCGGCUUGAUAUAGCUUACGCUGUUGGAGUAGUAAGCCAGUUCAUGCACCAACCACAAGUUGCCCACAUGGAAGCAGCUCAGAGAAUUCUAAGGUAUCUCAAAGGGACCGCAUGCCAUGGAGUGUUGUUCAAAACAAAUGGACAUUUAAAUAUUGAGCUCUACACUGAUGCAGACUGGGCUGGAGAUAAAGGAAACCGAAGGUCAACAUCAGGAUAUUUUUCCUUAGUCGGUGGAAACCUGGUCACCUGGAGAAGUAAGAAGCAAAAGGUGGUUGCUCGGUCGAGUGCAGAAGCAGAAUUUAGAGGUAUAGCUCGAGGGUUAAGCGAAGUUCUUUGGAUCAGGAAGCUACUAGAAGACAUCGGCUUCUCUCAAAGGGAACCGAGCAAAAUUAUGUGUGAUAAUACGGCUGCAAUUCAGAUCUCAUAA